CCCCCCCCCCCCACCCCCGUCGCCAAACCCCACAACGCCGCACCAGCCAGCUCUCACCGACCAACCAGCGCCACUCCGCCGCCCGCCGGAUCCAGCGAUCCGGCAUGCAGACCUCCUCCUCCUCCCCGUCGUCGUCCUCCGCGCACCCGCCGGACCACCCGGUCUCCAAGCCCCCGCCCCCUCCGGCGCCCGCCAUGGGCUACCCCGCCAACCCUUCCCCCAACGGGAACCCCGGCGCCGCCGCCGCCUACUUCGCCGCCGCCGCGCCGCCUCCCUCCGCCGCGGGCGCGCCCAACGGCACCGCGGCCUUCGGCGUUGCGUACCGCUACCCCGCUCCCCCGCACCACCCGCCCCCGCCCUACCACCACUACCCCUACCCCCCGCCGCCGCCGCAGCCGCCCCACCACCACUGCGCGCCCCAUCCGCCGCCGCCCACCUGCCUACGCCGCCUCCUCGCGGCCGUCGUCAGCGCCUUCCUCCUCCUCGGCGCCGCCACCUUCAUCGUCUGGCUGCUCCUCCGCCCGCGGGCGCCCGCCUUCUCCCUCACCUCCCUCGCGCUCUCCCGCGUUGCCUACUCCCCCUCCAACUCCUCCCUCUCCGCCUCCUUCGACGCGGCCCUCCUCGCCGCCAACCCCAACGCCAAGCUCUCCGUCACCUACUUCUCGCCCCUCGCCUCCGUCUCCUUCGCGCCCUCCUCGCCGAUCGCCGUCGCCUCGCUGGCGCCCUUCAGCCAGGGGCCCGGGAACACCACCACGCUCGCCUUCCGCCUCGUCGUCGACGACGCCUACGUGGGGCCCGACGACGCCGCCCCGCUCAAGAGCGGGGGCGGGGGCGCCGUCGGCGUCCAGGUCAGGCUCAUGGCCGUCGCGGUCUUCGACAGGGGGGGCUGGCGCACGCGACGCAGGGUCAUGAGGGUUAUGUGCGACGGCGUACAGGUGGUUUUCCGCGGGAAGAAUUCCACCGAGGCAGCGUUCAACGGCCCGCCGAGACAGUGCGAUGUUGUGUUGUGAAGAUGCACGAUGCCUGAAUUCCAUCCUGUUGAGCAGUAGUUUGCUUUGCAUGGAAGUUAGUAGUGAUAGGAGGCAAAGAACAAUUAAGCAUGAACUGAAGCUUUGAUAGUCCAUUUCCUCAUUCUUCACAAAUAAUGUGGGUACUGUUGUAUCUGCUUGCUAAAUAUUUAAUUCAAUUCAAGCUCUGAAGUUUGAAGGCAUUGCUUUUGCCUGGCUUGGAGGCCAUAUUGGUUGGUUGACACAGACGAUGUUUUCACAUGUUUUAGGUGUUGGGUCUUGGUAACUCUGCUAAGUGCAAAAUGCAUCCACAUGUUUGCAUUUAUGCAUCCAGUAGGAAAACAGAUAAUGUAGUGAUUCCAUAUUUGAGCUGCUUUCUUUGGCACACAUGUUUACUGCUGUAGAAGAAUCCAUGAACCACUGCCUAGGUGCUAUCUAGGAACCCUAGGUAUAGAUAUCUUUCUUCUGUUUUUAUUUUCUUAAUUGCUUGCUCUUUCUGUCUUGAUUUUGCCACUCUUGUGUUUUCUUUCGUGUUGUGCCAAUAUCGAGUAUGGUACUCUUCGUGCCUGCAGAUCUCCUUUGUUGUGCAUAGCGUGCUACUGAAUACUGAUUCGCUUCCAGGACAAUAUGUUGCCAGCAAUCACUGUUGUCAUGUAGCGUCCAGACUAUUAAGUCUAAGCUUGCAAAACUUCAGUUGACAUCUGUCGAGUAGUCCACUUCUUGCACACACUACUUUUUUCCCCCCCUGGCCUAUGCACCCACUUUGGUAUCUAGACUGACCUCCUUAUUUUGUU